UGAUAGAUUUUUCAAUACAAAUGGAGAAGGUAAAAUAAUCUGCAGUAUAGCAAUAUUUUGUAUUUGUUUGUAAUUUAAUGAGAGAAUAUAUUCAAAAACCUGAAAAUAUUUCAUUUAAUAAUAUUUUAUUAUAAUUUCAUUAUAAAAAGAAGUACCAGUAUCGCUUAGUUGAAUAUCAAGUCUACAGAUAAAGUUCUGACGAAUUAAUUCGACUCGUGUUUUGAAAACUAAGUGUGAGGGGGAAAAAAAGCAGUUGGAUUGUAAAAAGUUUAAUAUGGCAAAGUAUUCCGAAAAUAUGUUUUCCUAAAACGAGUGUGGAGUGUGAAUAAAACUCUUUGUUUCAAAAGCUUACACAUGGAAAUAAAAUAAAACAGUUUCAAAGCUACAACUGCAUUAAAGAUGCUUGCAAUUCUUCCUGCUGCCAGCUUGUUUAAUUUGGUGAAAUGAAUAUUAAUGAUGACUAAACCUGAGCUUGCGAAUGCAAAGAAGCGCGUGAACAUUCGUUAUAUAUGAGCUUAUACCCGCAACAGGUUGAUUCUCUCGAACUAGAUUUGGACUCGGUGAAUAAGAUCAGACCAAUUCCUCCUCCUAUUCAAUGUUCUAAACGUUCAUACUCCCCAUGUCAGCCACCACUUGUGUCUCCCUCAGCAAUGUUAGAUUUGGAGUGUGUCAAACGCCACUGCAGCAGCAGCGAAUCUCAUGUUACUAUGGAGAUUACCAAUUUACCUUUGUCCUGCGACCAACGGGGAGAAAGGGAUGACCACCAUGACAGACCUCGCUUUGACGGUCCUAGAGUUUUUUACUGGUGGUCAUGGACACUUGGGCUGACGGAUCUACUGGAGGAUCCCCCCAAAAAGGAUGCCGCACACUGCUUCUUCCGUCCGAUCAUCAAGAUCUUGGUUCUAGUGAUUCUACACGCUUUUGCUGUCCACUAUGUGAUCCUCUUGGGAUCCCCAAACAGAAGCGGACAUUUGUGGUUCACUCUGGUUGUCUCGGUCGAUGCAGUGACUACGGUGAUACCAAUGGAUAUCUUGCUCUUGAGAGUGAGGAGAGUGCGGAGACUGACAUGCCAAAUGCAGACACUGCACUUUGAAAAAUCGGCUUCCGAAACCAAGAGUUAUCGGUGGGAGACAUUCGCAGUUGUAGCCACAGUGCUGUUCCUCGUUUUUUACGUGGUGGCGCUGUCCAUCAUAAUACAAUCUUGGGACAUACAUCACAUGCUUGAGGCUCACUUGCCGUAUGUGCAGCCAGUGUGUAUGUCCGAACUGUGUGCCUAUAAUGUUGUGCUUCUCGUGUGGGGUACACACGUCAUGCUGAUCUGGGGAGUGAAAGCUUUCCUCGUGCUAUUCUUCUGCUUCAUAUGCAGCAAUUGCCAAUUCCAGUUCGAAUGCCUCAACAAGAGCCUGAUAAUAAUGAAAGGCAAGGCUGACAUAGUCGAAACUGGUAUAAUUCACGACUUGGCUGUUGACCACAAUACUCUGUGCGAACUAGUAUUCGAGGCGGAUCGGUUGUUCAACGCUUCUGUCUUCAUCUGGUUUGCUUUUGUGCUUUUGGUGAUCUGCGUGGAGGUCAACAGCUUCUUGCGACAGGAGAAGGGACUCAUUUCCAGCGGCGGCACGGUCAUCAUGGUCUUGGAUUUCCUGUACGCCAUAGCCAUAGUGAUCCUGAUCGUGAUUGGUGGAUGUCGAGUAGCUGAGGUGGCCCUGCAGACCAUUCCUUACAUCGUGAACUUCGCUCGCUCCAAGGAUAUGCCCAACCAGAGUGUGUACAACGAAGUGCAGCUUAUAAUAAAUCGGGUAACUGUGUUUCCUGUGACAUUCACGGUUGGAAGAUUCUUUUACAUUACGCGGAGUAUCCUCAUAACUCUAGUGAGUGCGCUGUGCACGUAUAUCAUCGUUCUAGUGCAGAUGAGCCCACAAGUAAUGGAAAGUUUAAACUCAGGAUCUUAAAAGAGUGCGUGGUUAUUUGUUGCUUUAGGAUUUCAUUUCAAGGAUUUAUAACAAAUGGAUAAUUUAUUUUACAUAAUUUCGCCACUUAGGAGCUACGUUGAACGACUAUAUACCUUUACAAAUUGUACAUUAGCUCUUAUAUAUCCCACUGUUAAAUGUGAUGACAGAAUUGUGCUCAUAUUAACUGUUAAGAUAGAAUAAAUAUUUACAAUGAGAGCCUCGAAGAAAUUCUACUGUUAAAUACAGUAAUGGAAUUGUGCUCAUAUUGACUGUUACCAUAGAAUAAAUAUUUAC